GGUCGAUGACAUAAUUGUGCCUCAUGAUUUCUCUAUUUUUGACGGAGCCUUCGAACCCAGGCGGGACUGCUGUGAGACGUGCAGAAGACCUUGUGGUGUCUGCAUUUGCAACCCGACAGUCGGGCAAAACAAAAUGGCCACCUCGUCCAAAAUCAUCAUACUCAAGCACCCUUCAGAAGAAAAACGAUCGUUAACUACAGUGCCUUUGCUGCAAAUGGGACUCACGCCUGAAUCUUGCCAUGUUUUUGUUGGAGUGUCAUUUAAUCUGAACAUUCCUGAAAGCUUGAAAGAGCUACUGAAUACCCAUCGAUGUUUUCUAGUUUACCCAACUCGCGAUGCAGAGUUAUUGGAGGAUGUUGUUUCACCAGGUGAAGAGAAGUGUGCUUUUAUAUUUUUGGACGCAUCAUGGAGACGAGUCAAAAGUCUCUUCACUAAAAAUCGAAAUUGGCUUUCGAAGCUUCCGUGUGUUAAAUUGAAAAGCUCACAGCUUAGUCAGUAUGUUAUCAGAACCCAACCAAACGAUCAAUGUGUAAGCACGCUAGAAGCUGCUGCGAUGGUUUUAAAUCACAUGGAAUGCGAAAAAUAUCCGAAUAUUUUUGAAGAUCUCACAGAACCUCUAAGGACACUUUGUCAACAUCAACUGAAUCAUGGUGCUCAGAAACACGAAAGCAAGCAGCAGAAAAGAUUGUACGAUCGCGAUGCUGCAAAACUCAUCGAAAUAGCAGACACUAAUGAUUAGUUUUGCCGUAAUCGCUCUUUUUUUACCUGUGCAAUUUUGUCCAAUUUAUUUGAUACCAUGAUUCAUCGUGAUUCAUUUGAAAUUUUACUAAGCUCAAAUUGUGCCAUCUAUUUUUUUUUUUUACAAAUUGUGCCAAUGUUACUGUAAAUAUAUCAUGAGAAUUAAUUGAUAUCUUUUCUUCUGUCAGCUUGAAAUUUAUAAAUCAGAUUAUUGAUUCGUUGGUUUCCGAUGCUGCACACAAUCUCUGCGGUCAGCUAAGUGCAUUUGCCAGAAAAGCAGCUGUCAGACAUGCAUUGCUCACCAAACUUGCAGGAUAGUCCUGACUCUCUUUUUCGUAUGCAGUCCGACU